ACACGUGAUAUAUAGCAGGUAUCUUGGCAAGGUCAGGCCGCGGUGCUGUGCCUUGGUACGAAGGAGCAGCGCAACUCGGGCUGUUCGGUGCAGCGGAGAAAUAGCUGCCACUGUCCUGCAUAAUAUUACCUGUAGGUGAACUUACCCUUACCUACCACAUUACCGUACACAUACCUGGUUCCGUACCUACGCAGCUCGACUCAACCCACCAUCGCACGCGUCUGUUUUCUCUUGAGGUUCCAAGUCUCAUUCACCUUGCUUUCUCGCUACUCGUCUUCCUCGAUCACUCGCCUAGACACUGUCCGGCCUUGGUCAGGUCCUUUCUCCUCAGCCACCUUCGAUCAUGGCACCCAUAACAGAGCAACAUGUCGACUCGCUCAAGGAUCACAUCCACAAGCUGGAAUCAAGGAUAUAUGAACUGGAGCAGAGACUGGUCGGCGGCGGCAACACCAGCAAAGAGUCCAAAACCGAUGCGAUGCGUCUGAUCUUGAUCGGGCCUCCUGGCGCAGGAAAGGGAACGCAAGCUCCUCGCAUCAAAGAGAAGUACUGCGUCUGCCAUCUGGCCACCGGAGAUAUGCUUCGAGCGCAAGUCGCCAAAAAGACACCUUUGGGAAGAGAAGCCAAGAAGAUUAUGGACCAGGGAGGCCUCGUCAGUGACGAUAUCAUGAUCAACAUGAUCAAGAAUGAGCUGGAGACAAACAGGGAAUGCGCUAAUGGCUUCAUCCUCGACGGCUUCCCACGAACAGUAACCCAAGCCGAAGGUCUUGACUCGAUGCUUCAAGCUGAAAACAAGCCACUCAAACACGCGGUCGAAUUGCAGAUUGACGACGGCCUCCUGGUUUCUCGUAUCACGGGCCGACUCGUACACCCUGCUUCGGGUCGCUCAUACCACAAAGUUUUCAACCCACCCAAGGAACACAUGAAGGACGAUGUCACAGGUGAACCGUUGAUCCAGAGAUCGGACGACAAUGCGGACACUCUUAAGAAGAGAUUGGGUACCUAUCACCAGCAAACCACCCCGGUCGUUGGCUACUACAAGACCAAGGGUAUUUGGUCCGGCAUCGACGCCAGCCAGGAUCCUAACCACGUAUGGAAGAGCCUCCUUGGCGUAUUCGGAGAUUCAAAGAGCUCCUCAACAUCCGGCAGCAUCCUGAGCAAGAUUGGACUGCGGUGAUUCAGGACCUCCUCAGUGUCCAAGAGCAGCAUAAAAGUGGUUGUUAUCGCAUUAGCCUCCGUUCACACACGUCGACUGGCGGCUGGAAUGAAGUAUGGAAGGAUCUCAAACGUGUACAAGAUUAUGGAUUUUGG